CGCCCGGGAUCGCGCCGCCCGUGAGGCGCAGCACGCGCCGCCCGCGAGCAGCGGAGCGCUCCAGGACCGCCCGCCCGCGCCCCGGCAGGUAUCUAUCCAUUCCAGAACUAAUAUUUUCUACAACCAGAGACUGAAAUGGCAUGACUGGAGUUUUAAGUAAUCUGGCUUUGGCAGCUUCACCGUUUACUGAGAACUUGGAACAGAAUUUGAACUAUUUCUGCACUAUCCUAGGUUAUAAUGCCAUCCUUUCCUAAUGAGGGAGAUAACCAAGGAACUGCUCCUCUGACUUUGAGUUCGGAAUUGCCCUAUCAGAGCACAAUUAAAAGAAAAGUCAGAAAGAAGAAGAAGAAUGGAGUCAUCACUGCCAAUAUUGCUGGCACAAAAUAUGAAAUCGUGCGUGUAGUAAUACAAGAAAUGGGAUUUGUCAAAACGCGUGAUGAGGAUGAAACAGCAAAUCUUAUCUGGAGUGAUUGUGCUGUGCAGCAGGAGAAGAUUGCUGAACUGCGGAACUAUCAGAGAAUCAACCAUUUUCCAGGAAUGGGAGAGAUAUGCAGAAAGGAUUUUCUGGCAAGAAACAUGACUAAAAUGAUCAAGAGUCAGCCUCAGGAGUACAGUUUCAUUCCUCGAACAUGGAUCUUUCCUGCAGAAUACACACAGUUUCAGAACUAUGUAAAAGAACUGAAGAAAAAACGUAGACAGAAAACUUUCAUAGUCAAACCAGCUAAUGGUGCAAUGGGACAUGGGAUCUCUCUAAUAAGAAAUGGAGAAAAGUUACAAGCUCAGGAUCACUUAAUUGUUCAGGAAUAUCUCGACAAACCAUUUCUUAUGGAAGGCUACAAGUUUGAUUUACGUGUGUAUAUUCUUGUAACCUCCUGUGAUCCGUUAAAAGUAUUUUUAUAUCAUGACGGACUGGUGAGGAUGGGCACAGAAAAGUAUCAUCCCCCCAGUGACUCAAAUUUGAGUCAAUUGUAUAUGCAUCUGACUAACUACUCUGUCAAUAAACAUAAUGAACACUUUGAACGGGAUGAAACAGAAGACAAAGGAAGCAAACGCUCUAUAAAAUGGUUUACUGAGUUUCUAGAAACAAAUAAUCUUGAUGUCUCCAAAUUCUGGAGUGAUAUUUCAGAGCUGGUGGUGAAGACUCUGAUAGUUGCAGAGCCGCACGUUCUUCACGCUUACCGCAUGUGCCGGCCAGGCCAGGCACCAGGGAGUGACAGCGUCUGCUUUGAAGUCCUGGGAUUUGAUAUUCUGCUGGACAGAAAACUAAAACCAUGGCUCCUCGAGAUUAAUCGUGCCCCAAGCUUUGGAACGGAUCAAAAGAUAGACUAUGAUGUAAAAAAAGGUGUUCUGCUAAAUGCAUUAAAGCUUCUCAACAUACGGACAAGUGAUAAAAGGAGAAAUUUAGCCCAACAGAAGGCUGAGGCUCAAAAAAGACUGUAUGGCCAAGGGCCAGUGAAAAAACUGUUGCCAGGUUCCUCAGACUGGGAGAAGCAGCGCCACACACUGGAAAGGAGGAAACAAGAACUGAAGGAAAGACUUGCACAAGUACGUAAACAGAUUUCCAAAGAGGAACAUGAAAAUAAACACAUGGGGAACUACAGGCGAAUUUACCCUCCUGAUGAUAAGUCAUUACUUGAAAAGUAUGAGAGCUUGCUAGCCACUGCUUUCCAGACGUUUCUUGCUGGAAGAGCAGCUUCACUUCAGCGGGAAAUGAAUAACCCCUUAAAAAGAAUGAAGGAGGAGGACAUUUUGGAUCUCCUGGAGCAGUGUGAAAUAGAUGAUGAAAAGCUAAUGGGAAAAUGCACCAGGCAGCGAGGACCUAAGCCCUUGUGUUCAAUGCCAGAAAGUGCACAUUCUGUAAGGAAACCUAAGAACUACAGCAGUGACAGUAGCUGUGAUAGUGGCAGCAGUGUGUCAGAAUCGGGAGAAGAAACUGAAAAGGAAGAUCACAAUGAAAAAAAAGAGAAAAAAGUUUCAUAUGAUCUUGAAGAAAAUAAAUACAAAUCUUUGGAACGAUCAGGUAGAAUGAACUGCAAACCUUCAAAUAAAAACGUAAAGUCUCCAUCGUAUUCAUCCCCCACAUCAUCUGCAGGUCCAAUAAGGCGUUCUGUCAGCUGCCCUCGUUCCAUAUCAGUACUCACUAUGCAGUCCCAGGGAGCUGAGCAGCGUCCCUUUUCAGCCAAAGCAUCUCUCCAAAUGCAGCGAGCAUCCUCAGUGAACAGGUCUCACUCUUUAAGUCGUAGCCCUUCUUCAGCCAGAUUCUCUCAGACAGCCACCUUGGGAACUAUGAACUCUUCAGGGUCAGCUAAUAGAAUUGGAAAGACAUUAAGAUUGUGUCUUCACAACAACAUGUUAAAGAGUGAGUCUUUGCUGCAACAGAAAACAAAAGAGCAAGAAGUUGCUUUGACAAAAGAGACUCUUCUCCUUAUCAAUGACUUGAGAGUCAAGUUCCCAGGAAAAACAAAUGAAGAAUCCGAAUUAAUUAUAGAAGAUAUUAUGGAUAAUUGGAAGUAUCAUAAAACAAAAGUGUCAUCCUUUUGGUUGGUAAAACUGGAUUCAGCAAAGCAACGAAAAGUUUUGGAUAUAGUUAGGACAAGUGUCCGUGCAGUUCUACAGCAUGUCUGGAAAGCUCCAGACAUUGAAAAUUUACAUCUCUACCGUCUUUUUAACCGUGUAUUUAAUCGCUUACUUUGGAGCCAUGGUCAAGGCCUAUGGAACUGUUUUUGUAAUUCAGGGAGCUCUUGGGAAACCAUAUUCAGUAAAGGCUCAGAGGCAGUGCCUCCUGAGCAACUCCAAUGUUGCCAACGAAUAGUACAGCUUUGUAAACACUGCCUGCUGGUAGUUUACAAACAUUCAUCAGAUUCAAGAGGAUCCCCAACUGGGAUGAGCCACCACUGGGAUGAUACAAGGUAUUUAUUGCCAAGACCUUCCCUGUUCAUCCUGAAAUCAUCCUCAUCCAAACUUAGCUGCAGUUCAUCUGGAAUGCCUCGCCCUAACAUUUUGUUCACACACAGAUACAGUCACUUGUGAAGUAAAAGGAAAAUUGCUGAUUGUAAAUAAUAGCACUCAAUUUCUUUUUUUUUUAACUUGUGAUGGAGCUAAACAUAAGCACUGUUAUAUAUUUCCUAGCAUCAUAUAAUAAAAUUUAGCUGAAAACCUACUGUAAAAGCAUAGCUUUUCUGGGAACAUAAUAAACCUUGUUAAGUUGUUUACACACACAUGUGAAUGUGUAGAUCUUGCUAGGUUUAUAAGUAAUUCCUUCCUACUAGAAAUGUUAUUUUUGCUGCAGAAUAUAUAAAAUGGAAUUGUUCUUGAAGAUUCUAUUACAGUAUUACAUUCUUUUGUAAGUACAAUAUUUGACUUGAAAAUUAUUUAUUGUAAAUUAUAUUAUUUAUUGUCUCAAAUGUAAUUUAUCCUUUAACAAAGCAGAUAAUAAUAAAAAAAAUCUAGUAGAACAGUAAUACUGUAACAGUUAUAAAACAUAAUCUGAUCAGUUCUUGGACAUGUUUAAAAUAAAACCUAAAACUCUGUAAGCCAAACCUAAAGCAGACAUAUUUUUAUUUCUCCUCUGAAAUGACAAGAUCUAUUUAAUACUGCUAUUUUUCUUGAAGGACAUUAUAUAGUAUCUUUUAGCCAAAGUGAGGGCAUCUAGUACACAAACAGUAAAAUAUCAGUUUAGGCAUUCACUUCCUAAUUGGAUUCUCUUAAUAAAAUGGAAGCCAAUGUUUGUUUCCAGGUUUUCAUUCACAUUACCUAUAUCCUGUGCCUUUAAGUUUCCUUUGGGAGCAAGCAGUCAUCCUCAGCUCCACACGCAUGCAUAGUGCUUAGGUUUUCUCUUAUACUGCAUAAGUGGUAAAGCAGACAUUUUUAGGAAAAACUGCAGCUGUAAUGUAUUAUUUCAAACUUAAACUAAUUGGUUUGUUGUAGUUUUUAGCAUGCAAUCCAGUACCUACUGUACAAUGUAUCUUUGCAAUGGACAGUAUUUUCUAGAUGGCUGACACCUUUAAAUGUUGGAAAUCUAAUUCAUUAGAAAGCUCUCAUUCAGGUCUAGAUUCCUGAGGCUCGCUGAGCAGCACAAAACCAAAAUCAGCCAGAGCAGGAACCUAGUAUUAACAGGAUGUAGCCUGAAAACAUCAUUUGGGUUUUUAUACAUACAUCCAUUCAUCCCACUCAGCAUUGUGCCAUGUGAGCCUUAUUUAUUAGAGAAAUAAUUAUUAAACUAAUCAGUUAAUCUAGAUUUAAAAAUAAUUAAAUUUUUUAACUUAGUUAAGAACAGAAUAGUUAUUAUUUACCAAAGACUCGUGUAUUUAUGAAUCAUUUAACCCUGAAACAUGUUUGUAAAUUAUCAAUGUAUUUCAGGUAUACUUUAAAAAUAAUUUGGGGGCUAAUUAUCCUCAGGAGCAAGUAUGUUAGUGUUUUUUGAUAUCCAGCAAUUGAGGACAAAUUUAAGAGACUUAAGAGAUUUGAGACUGAAGUUGUAUGGAAAUGACUUUUUAAGAAAUUUUAGUCAUAGGAUAUAUAAAAACUGGGAAAUUGGUUGAGAUUUUUUGAUGCUUGUGCUGUAGUGCCUCAGCUCUAGAAUUGCAGAAUAUAUAACAAGAAUAUUGGUAAACAAAUAAAAAACCCUCUCAAGAUUACUAAAUCAAAGCAGUCUUUUGGUCUGGUAAAGUCUUUUUAAGUUUUGUGGGAAUACUAGUUUAGUAAUAUAGUAUGUUCACAUUAAUUGUAUGAUCUCUCUUGGUCCAUACAGUGACUAUUAAAGCAUACUCUGAUUAUCUGUAACACCUAAUAAAAGCUGUAAAUUUUCUUGGAGGAGGCUUCCAUUGUAUUCUACUUUUGGCCAUAAGGAUAAGAUCAGCUUCCAUCUUAGCUUGCCAGACUCAAACAGAGCUUUAGGGUAGAAGGUUCACAUGUCUUUUUUCUGCCCCCCUACCUUCACUAUGAUUUCUAUUUUUCAAUACCAGUGCUGGGCCGGGUCAGUCUGUACAGAAUACUCUGCCAGAGGAAAGAGGGCUAUUAACCAUACCUAUGGACAAAUCUAGGAAAAAAAAAAAAAAAAAUUAGCAUGUACAAAAGUGGACCAGCUGGCGGUUUACAUCUGACUUAAUAUAUUUGUAUUUCUGAUAACCUUUCCUAAAGUGGUCAUGUGUUCCUAAUAACGUGUGCUUCAAUACCUUCAAUAAACAUCAUGCUACACUUCGCUGCA